AUGGUAAGUUCUAAUUUAAACGUAUAUGAUAAGUUAGACAGAAUUGUGUUAGAUGUAUUACAAAAUAUAGAUGAAGAAUAUAAGAAUGGAGGAUCUGAUGAGAAGGUGUAUUUAAAAUUUUAUGAAUUAUUUUACAAGGAGAGUUAUAUAGAGAAGUUAAAUUAUAAUGAAUUAAUAAAUACUUUUAAAGAUAAAAAUAUACAUAAGUAUUUAUUUUAUAUGUUUGAAUGUGUAUUGAAUAAAAUAUCUUUAAAAAAUAAUAUGAAAUAUCUAGAUUUUUUAUUUAUUAUUUUAAGAUAUAUAACCUAUUUUUGGUUUUAUUUAUCAGAAGGUAAUAAAUUAAUAUUAAUAUCUUAUUAUUAUUCUAAACUUAUAGAUUUAUUAUAUAAUUUAAAUUUAAAGAAAAGUGCUUUUUUGAUUAAUAUAUAUAACAUUCUUAUAUAUUUCUAUAUAAAAGAUAAAAAGAAAGUUAUUUUUGAAAUAAAAAAAAUUAAAGAAAAUGAUACAACUACACACAUAAAGAAUUUGAUAUUAAAGUUAAAUAAAAUAUUAAUAUAUGAACAAGUUAGACUUAUUACAAAAAUAACAAAAGAAUAUUAUAUAGAUUGUCUCAAUGAAGAUAUAGAAAAGAAACUAUCUAAAUUAAUAUUAUCGGAAGAAGAUAUGAAUAAUUUUAUAAAGGAGUGUAAUUUGUAUAACUAUAUGUGGAUAUGUGAUAGAAAGGAUGGAUAUAAUAAUAAUGAUAAAUGUAAUAGUACUAAAUAUAAUAGUGAUGAUGUGAUAAAAAAAAAAAAGGAAGAAAAUUAUUAUUCUUUUUUUAUAAAAUAUAAAAAUAAGAAUGAUAUAGAAAUAUUCAUAAAUUGUCAUCCAUUUUCAAUUAAUAACAGUUACAAAAUUUUCUUAAAUUUUUUAAAAAACUUUUUCAAAAUAAUAAUUGAUGACUUUGAUACAUUUUUGUUUUUUUUAAGUUUAUUCUAUUUAGAAUAUUUUUUAAUGUAUUGUCAUUUUUUUGAAAUAAUUUAUUACAUUGAUUUGUCUAACCAUGAACAAGAUCACAAUAAUAUGGACAGAAAUAAUAAUAUAAAUUUGAAUAGUUUGGAUAUGAAUAAUAUGGAUAGAAAUAAUAUAAAUUCGAGCAGUAUAGAUAUAAAUAAUGUGUAUGACGUUCAAAAAAAUGAUAAUUCAAAAAAUAUAUAUAAAGAUACCAAGUGUAUUUCAAUACAAGGGUGUUCUAACAAUGUUGUUACGACAAAUGAUGAAUGUAUUUUUUUAAAUAAUAAUAAACAAAAUAAAAGGAUUAUAUGGAAUAUUAUUUUUGAUUCUUUAAAAAAGAAAUUUGUUUCAGAUGUAAAAAAUGUGAAUUAUGUUUUAAAAAUAUUUAAAUAUACUUUUAGUUUUUUUUCUUUUGAAAAGAAUUUAAAUUUAAAUAGAGAAAAUAGAACAUAUAUAGAUAAUUAUAUACAUAAUAAGAUAUAUAAUUUUACAUAUAUAUCAUCUAUAUAUUUAAAAGAGUUAUUGAAAUUUUGUCUUUCAUUUAUUACAAAUAUAUUAUAUUCAAAACAUUUAACUGAGGAAAUAAUAUUUAAAUCUAUUUCUUAUAUAUUUCAUCUUUUGUCUAAAUUAAUAUGUAAUACUAAUAAUGAUAUAAAAGUAUUCAUUUUAUAUAAUACUGAUAAUAGUAUAGUAUUAAUCUCAAUAAUUACACAUAUCUAUAAAUAUUUUAAAAAAUUAUAUUUUGGUAAGAAUAAUGAGGAAGUUCAAAUAAGUAAAUCAAAUAAUUCAAAGAAGAAUAAUGUCAGUGUAGACAAAUUAAAAUAUUCCUUUAUAACACAAGAAAAGGUUUAUCAAAAAAUACAAGAAUGUUUAUAUAUUGUAUUAACAAUUGAUGAAUGUGUUGAAUGUUACACAAGAGAAUGUAUAAUUCCCCCCAAAAAAAUAAAGAAAGAAAAUCAUACUAUUAAUAAUAUUAAUAUUAAUAAUAAUAAUAAUAAUAUUAAUAAUUAUAAUAAUAAUAAUAAUAAUAAUAAUAAUAAUAAUAAUAAUAAUCAUUAUGAUGGUAAAUAUUAUGUUGCUGGGCAUGACCCUUGUGAUAACCUUAAAAAUAAUUUUACUAAUAACUUCUACAUUUGUAUUAUUAUAAAAAUAAAUAAAAUGAAUAUGUUUUAUUCAAACAUGGAUAUUAUUAAAGUAAUAUCUGAAAAAGAUAAAAACGUUUUUAGAAAAUUUAUUUAUACAAUAAAUAAAAAUCAUGAGAAUUUUAUAAAUUUCUUUUCUUAUAUAUUAAAUAUAAAUUAUAAAGAAAAUGAAGAUGAUUUUAUUUUAAAAAAAUAUAUUUUUAAUUUAAAAAAAAAAAAUGAACAUUAUAAUAAAGAUAAAAAAUUGAUAAACCUUAUGAAACCUUAUCAUUCUCCUUUAAAAUAUAUUUUUUUAAAGAAUGAAAUACAACAAGAGCAAAAUAUGUGCAAUGAUAGUUAUGACAAUUAUUGUAUUGGAGUUUCAUCAUCUGAUGAAAUUCUCGAUGAAAAGGACAAGACAAAAAACAAAGAAAAUAACAAUAUAAAUAAUAUAAAUAAUAUUAAUGGUAAUAAUAGUAAUAAUAAUAAUAGUUAUAAUAGUUAUAAACAGUCUUAUAAUAACAAUUUUUAUAAUGAUGAUAUGUCCUGCAAUGAUAGCAAUUAUGAUAAUAUUCAUUUUUAUAAUCAUUAUGAUGAUAAGAAUGAAAAUAAAAGAGAUGAUAUGCCAAUAUUUGAAAAUUCCAGGUUUUAUAUAAAUAAAAAUAUAAUGAAAAAUAUAAAUGUCGAUUUUAAAAAUGUAUGCCAUACCAUAGUAUUGUGUGUGAAGAGAUGUAUACAAAUAUCAGAUAAUAUAUUUAAUCAUUUUGAAAAGAAUAAAAAUUUAGAACCCAAUUUUAAUAUAUAUGUAUGUAAAAAUAUACUUAUUAAUUUUUUAAAAUGUUGCUUAUUAAAUAUAAGUUUAUCUUCUUAUAUGUGUGUGAAAUUAAAUUAUGAUUAUAUUUUAAAAGAGAUAAGCGAAUCUAAUUUAGUUGAGUAUGCUUAUAAUAUAUAUGAUAAAUAUGUUUGUUUUAUAUUAAAUCAGAAUGUAAAGAACUUAAAUGAGCAUAAACACGUCUUACAAUUUAAUAUAAUAACUCAAAAUAAAAGGAGAUCAACCGUUCAUAUUAAAAAUAAUAAUAAUAUUAGUAAUAAUAAUAAUAUUAAUAUUAGUAAUAAUCCUAGUUGUGAUAAUAAUAACAGUAGUAGGAGUAAUGGGGCGAUCAAGGAAUCUUCAUUAUAUAACAAUAUAUGUCUUGAUGAUAUAUAUGACAUUUUAAGAAAUAAAAAAGAUAGACAUGAGAAUUCAAAUAAUAACAAAGAUAAUAUAUAUCAUCCUAAUGAUAAAUAUAAAAAUGAUAACCAUUCAAAUGAUUAUUAUGAAUGUCAAUAUAGUACUUUCUUUAUUUCAGAUAAUACCACAUUUGUUGAAACAUUAUAUUCAAAUUGUUUUUUAAUUAUGAUAAACGUUUUAUUCAUAUGGGAACUGUAUCUAGAAAUACCAUUAGAAAUUCUAAAUAAAAUGAGAUAUAGUUUUUUUGAACUUUUUUAUAAUACAACAAUUAAAGUUUUAAAAUUUAUAAAAACUGAUAAGGGUUUUUUAUUUCUUUUGAAUAUUUUAAAAUUUAUAUAUACAAAAUUUAUAAGUUUACCAUUCAAUCCUAUAGAUAUUCAUACAAACUUUAAAAUGUAUGAUUUUUAUGAAUUUCUUCUGAGUAAUGAAUAUGAUACUAAUAUAAAUACCCAUUUUAAUAAUAGAACUCCAAAUAAAAAUCAUCAUAAUAAUAAUACUUACUAUUAUGGUUGUCUUGAUAUGGAGAAAAAAGAAGAUGAUAAAUUUAAUCAAGAUAGUUUAUUUAUUAAUUCAGUUAGUCCAUUAAAAUUUAUUCAGAAUAAUAGAGAGGAAGAAUAUAAUGAGGAAAACUCAAAAAAUGAUAGUACUAAUAAUAUCAUUAAAUAUAACCAAACUAAUGAGGAAUUCAAUGAAUACAGUAAUUAUAAUAUGUUAAGUGUUAAUAAGAAAAAGAGAAUAAGUAUUGGAGGACUUGUUCCUAUAUUUCUAACUAGCCAAAAUGAGAAAGAAAAAAAAAACAAAAGGAAAACUAUGGUUGAUUAUGUAUCUUAUAAUAAAAUUGAAAAUGAUUCAUUUACAGGCAAUGGUAAUAUAAGAGAGAAAAAAAAAAGAAAUACAUUAACAUAUGAUGAGAGUUCCUUUAUGAAUAAUAUGAAUAAUGAUAACAAAGUAAAUUGUGAUUUUUAUGAUAAAAAUGAGAAUGAAACUCCAAAAAAUAAUUAUGAUAACAAUAAGGAUAUGUUAUCAAAUGAAAAUAUAAAAGUAAAGAGAGAUGAUGUAAAUAAUGAUGAUGAUAAUAAUAAUAGUAAUAGUAAGAGGAAUAAAAUGAGAAAUACGUAUUUAAAAAAUUAUUAUAUUCCUCAUAUAGAUUUAUUAUUUAUUAUUAUAGAUUUAGAAGUAUAUUAUUAUUAUGGAAAGAAGAAAUAUAAGAAAGUGAUUUUUAUUGUAGAAACUGUAUUUAAGAAUAUUAUAAAUAAGUGUGAUUAUAAUACUAAAGAAUAUUUAAGGUCAUGUAUUUCUUUUAUUUAUAAUUAUUAUCACCAAAUACAUAUAAAAAGUAAUAAGAAUAAUAUACAAAGUUGUGGGAUUAUUCGACAUAUAUGUAAUUUAUAUUUUAAAUCAAAAAUCUUUUAUUUAAACAAAAAAAUUAAAAAAAUGUUAUCAUAUUAUAAGGAAAAAUGUAGUAAUAUAGAUUCAUUGAAAUUAAAUUAUAAUGAAAUGUAUGAUGUAUUUUUUAAUAGUUUGAAAUGGAAAUAUUUUUUUUAUUUUAAAAAAAAUGUGAAUUCUGAGCAUUUUUAUGAUAAUGAAAAGUAUAAGUAUUAUGAUAAUUGUGAUCAUUUCAAUAAUAAUAUUCUCUUGGAUGAAAAGAAAAAGGAGAAUAUGAUUCUUAUUGACGAAUUAUUAAGUAUACACAUUAAUAUAUUACUAUUUCUUAUAUUUUAUGAAUAUAUUUGUAAAUAUACACACAUACAUUUUGUAUUUUAUUUUCGAUUUAUAUAUUUAUUUUUUAACAAAGUUUGUAUUGAUAUCUUAAAUAUAGUUCAUUGUUCAAAUCAUGUAGAAUUUUUUAAUCUCUUUGAUUUUAUAUAUCAUAAUAUAUAUAAUGAUGAUAAUACUAAUAUGUAUGCUGUAAAGAAAUUAAAAAUUGCUUUGACAAAAAUUAAUGAUUAUAAAAUGUUAAAGAAUGAUAUAUAUAUUCCAUAUAAAUUUAAUGGUUCUAUUGAAAAAAUGAAUGAGAAGGAAAGAAUAACAUAUCAUCAUUAUCAAAAAAAAAAAAAAAAAAUUAUUAUUAUUGAUAUUGAAGAAUUGUUAGUUACUUAUAUACAAAUGAAUUUCAUUUUCUGUCGAAUUUGUUGUAUUUUUCUUUUCUUUCAAAAUAUGUGUUUUCAUAAAUAUGAUCUAAUUAAUAAGGAAUGUAAAAUAAAGGAAUAUAUGAAAUUAUUUAGAAGUAAUAGGAACAUUUUUGAUGCUUCAGGUGUUAAAAAUGAUGAAAAUGAAUAUUUAAAAAGUGAAGCCAUAAAUAAUAAUAAUAAUAAUAAUAUUUAUAAAAAUAAUAAUAUGAACAUAUGUAAUACGUCUGAUUAUUAUGAAACAAACCAAUCUGAUACAAAUUAUAUUAUUCCCUUUGAUUACAAAUCAAGUGAUUAUAAUAAAUAUGACACUGAUAUGUCUGUUUCUAGUAUUUCUGAAAAUAGCUUUAUUUUAGAUGAAUGUUCAUCAUAUGCUAGUAAGAAAGAUUAUAUAAUUUUAGAAUUCAUAAUAGACAAAAUUGAAGAAAUAAAUAUUGGUCUAAUAUAUAAAAACAUGUUAAAAAAUUGUUAUUAUAUAAUAAAAGUAGAAAUGUUAUAUAAUUAUAUUUAUAAUAACAUUGAAAUAUUAAAAAGAUUUUCUUAUCUUAAUAAUGCCUAUCAUUUAUAUAAGUUGUAUUAUCAUAUGUUCGUUUGGAAUAAUAAAAAUCAUCUUGAUGGUUUAAAAAAUAUUAAUAAAAAGGAUAAACAAAAAUAUAUGAACGAUUCUGUUCAACAUGAUGUCAAUGGUUUGUCUAUGAAGGGUCAUAGUAAUGAUUACACAUCGAAAAAUAAUUUUAAUGAUGACACAUUAGAGAAUAAUUUUAAUACCUUUUCUUCAAAAAAUAACAUAUAUAAUAAGCAUAAUAAAUGCUAUCACAUUUUUGACAUCUUAACAUUAAAUCAAAGAUUAAAAGAAAAAAUGAAUCCACGUUAUAUAAAAUUAAUGUUUUAUGAUACGUCUCAUUUGUUUACUACAUAUAAUGAUGAUAGUGUGAAAAAUGAAAAUGAUUCAUAUGUAUGUAAUGAUGAAAAUAUAAUGAAAAAUAAUGAUAUAUGUAAUGAUUUUUUUUAUAAAUCUUUUGAUGAAUGUAAUUCCUAUUUUUCAUGUAAUAUAUAUAAUUUUAAUUUAAAUUUAUUUCAUCCACUGAAUAUUAGAAAAAAGGGAAAUAUACAAAUUUAUGAAAAUAAUACAAAGACAAAUCCAUUUAUUAGUUCUCAAGUUAUUAAUAAUAAGUAUUUAAUGAAUCUAAAUAAAAAAUAUAAUAAGAUUAAAAAAUAUAUAAUGAAUUAUAUCAUAUCAACCUAUUUUAUUAUAUUAUGUUUUUAUUUUAAUGAAUAUAAUAUAGAAGAAGAUAAUUUAUCCUUUUAUUUUAUUCUUUAUUUAUUUCAAACAAAAUAUCAUGUUUUUAAUAAUAAUUUUUUUUUACAUAUAGAUAAUGCAUAUCAAUCAUUAAAUGAAAAUAUGUACACUUCAAAACAUGAUAUUAUAACUAAAGAAAAUAAAAGUAAAGAAAAUAAAAGUGAAGAAAAUAAAAGUGAAGAAAAUAAAAGUGAAGAAAAUAAAAGUGAAGAAAAUAAAAGUGAAGAAAAUAAAAGUGAAGAAAAUAAAAGUGAAGAAAAUAAAAGUGAAGAAAAGAAUUUUAUAUAUUUACAACAUUGUAAAUAUAAAAUAUAUACAGAAUAUGAACUUAAGAAUAAUAUUUAUCUUAUAUUCGAAAUUUUAAAUAAUAUAUAUGAUAUAUAUUAUGGAAAUAUAUUUGAGAAUAUAUCAGUUCAUAAUAACAUUGAGAUAAAUAUUGAUUUAAAUUUUAUAACAUAUUUGAGCGAAAUAUAUAAUAUUUUAUUUUUCUAUAAAAUGUAUAAAGAAUGUGUGCAUAUAUUAUUAUUGUGUAUUAUGUGUACUUCUAAGUUUUUUUGUUUAUAUAUAUUUAAUGAGAAGCAUGUAUAUAAUGAGCACACUUCAUUAGAUUUUAUUGAUAAUGAAAAUGUAAUAAGUAAAAUUACACACAUUAAAAAAAAGAGAAAUACACAUAUAAAUAUUAACAUUAAUAUUAAUACGGAAGAUAAUUCACACACUAAUAGUAAUAACGUUGAAUAUGGUUAUUAUUAUUAUAAUCAUGUAAUGAAUGAAGAGAAAGAUAAGGAAUCAAAAAAUAUAAUCAAGGGGUCUCAUAAAUGUGAUGAACUUAAAAAGAUAGUAUAUCAAGAGGAAAAAAUAUUAGAAAAUAAUAAUAUGAAUGAAAGAGUAUUUUAUGAAUAUGAAAAGGAUAAUAUGUCUGUUAAUGACAUUAACCAAAAAAAUGACAAUAAUAAUAAAAAAAGUAAAAGUAAAAGUAAAUGUAAAAGUAAAUGCAAAAAUAUAUGUAAAAAUAAAUGUAAAAAGGAAAAGACAAAUAUAUAUAAUAUUAAGAAAAAUAGAAUAAUACAUAUUUUAAAUAUAAUAUAUAAUAAAAUAACAUGCAAUGUAAAUAAUAUGAAUGUUAAAGAAAUAUAUAUUAAUUUACAUAAUUAUAUGCAGAACUUAAUAAUAUGUAUAUCUCUUUUUUAUUCUAUAUAUAUAUGUCUAGAAAAAUUAUGUAAAAAAGAAUAUAAUAUUAUUUUCUUUAAUUGUGCUAAUAUUAUAUAUAAUUAUUAUAUCGAAUUUUAUCAAUAUAUUAAAAAAUUUUGUAAAACUUAUUGUAAAGAAAAAUUGUAUAUGUCUACUUUCUUUUUUGAUAAUUUCAAUUUAAAAAUAAUUAAUCUGAGAAUUCUUUCUAUUAUAAAAGAAAAGGAGAUAUACAUAAAAAGAAAAGAAAAAAAUAUAAGUAAGAGUAUGAAGAAUUAUGAAAUAAUAAACAAUAAUAAUAAUAAUAAUAAUAAUAUAAAUAAAGAUUCUGUGGGUAAAAUGUGGUUGCCUAAUAUUCUUCCAGUAAACAUUUCAUUGAAUGAUAUAAAAGAUAAUAAUGAUCCAAGCAAUAAUUCAAAUGCAGAUUCACAUAUUUCAUUAUUUCAUUCUAAGUUUUAUUCAAAGUUUGAAUAUUUAUUAUUUGAUAUUAGGGGAGAUAUUUUUAAAGAUUGUAUGACUAUGAUAAGAAAUAUAGAAAAUAGAUAUAAAAAUGAUUGUAAUUUUAUUUUUCGAAAUAAUCUAGAAUUAUAUUUUAACAUUGUAAAAUAUUUAUAUGAAAAUAAUAAAGAUCAAUAUAUAGGAUUAUUUUUAUUUUUUCAUGGAUAUAUUAUAUACGAAUUAGAAGAUAAGAAAAUUAAUAUGAUGAAAAAUUUUUGUACUUUUAAUAUAUCAUCUAAUUUUUUCUGUUUAAAAUUUGAACAACGUUCAUAUGAUUUUGAUAUUGAAGGAUUAUCAUAUGUAUCAAAAAAUGAUUCUAUUGAUGAUAUAAAAGUAAGAAAUAAGUUAAUUUUAAUGAAUACAGAAAAUCUAUAUUGUAAUAUUUUUUUAAGAACAGAUUUUUUUUCUAUAACCAAAUUUUUUAAUAUAUAUAUUAAGAAUAUAUACAAAAUAUUCUUUAAAUUAAAUAAUUUUUUUUCGAGCUAUUUCUUUUUAAAAGAAUUUAUUAUAUAUAUAUCUAGUAUUUUAUAUCUACCAGAAAUGGUUCAUAUGUAUAUUUAUUUAAUAAAUAUUAUAUUAACAAGUGGAAAGGAAAGAAUUGAAAUAUUAACACAAGAAGAAUUAUUUUUUGAAAAUUUAAAUAAUGAAUUUAAUAUGUAUGAAAAAAAGAAUUUAGAACAAAUAAAUAAAUAUGAUGUAUAUAAUAAAGAUGUUAAAAUGUAUGAACAAAAUGAUUUUACAGAUAUUAAUUAUGAUAAGACACCACUUAAUACAUAUAUAACAAAUAAAUAUAUAUAUGAAUAUAAAAAAGUAUUGAAUGAAUUUUUUCUAUAUUUAAAUUAUUUAAUAUCAAAUAAACAAAAUAUGAAUAUAUUAACUCCUAAAUAUAGAAAAGAAAUUCUUUAUAUUUAUUCAUUGAUUAUUUUAAAAAAAAAACAAAAGCAUUAUUAUAAUUAUGUUAUGAACAAUAGAAAAUUGCAAACAACAAAUGAGUUCCUAGACAAUUUACAAAAAAUUAAUCACCUGGAAGGAGAAGAUAAAAAUAUUAAUGAUGAUAAUAAAAAGACAACAAAUAUAUUAUAUAAUACAAUAGAUAAGAAAAAUGUAUUAGAAGAUCAUAAUAAAAAAGAAAUAAAUAAUAUUAUAUCACCACCUUUAAAUUAUGAAUUAAAUAAUGAUGAUAAUAAUAAUAAGAAUAAUAUAAAGAUUGAUGAAUUAUAUAAUAAUAAUUUGGAUGAUAUUAAUAAAUUUGGCAAAAAUUUCUUACAGUGCUAUAAUGAAUGUAAUAAAGUUAGAAAGAAUGAAAAUAUAUGUUUUCUGUUUUUUAUUGAAAAUUUAUUUCUUGGACAUAAUAUGGAUACAGACAUAUAUAAUGUAUCUAUAAAUGAUGAAGAAAGUGUAACAACAAUUUUAAAAAAUAUGAUACUGGAAGAUAUAAGUAAGAUUAAUAUAAAUGAAAAGAUGAAUAAUAGACAUAAAGAUUAUAUAAAAGAAGAUGAUGAGACAUACAUAAAUAAUACACAUCAUAAUAAUAAUAAUAAUAAUAUGCAUGAUACUAAUAAUUGUAAUGGUGACAUUACAUAUGAGAAAGAAAAGGAAAAGAACUCUACACAUUUUGAUAAUCCAUAUUAUGAUGAAAGGAAUAAGUUCAAUAUAUAUAACCUAUUUAAUGAUAUAUAUUAUUUUAAUGAAAAUGAUAUAGAAUUAAAUUCAAGUGAUUUUAAGCUUAUGGAUAUUUCAGUAUUAAAUUAUUUACAUUUAAAUUACGAUUUUGAAAAGAAUUUAAAAUAUAUAUAUAAUUAUAUUAAUAAUAGAUUAUUUGUUUAUAAUUGCAAAAAGAUGAAUUCAUAUUUUAUUAAAAUAUUGUAUUAUUAUAUAAACCUAGUAUUUUUAAAAAUAAAAAAUAUUUUUUGUGAUGACUGUAUAUAUAUCAUUAAAAAACAACAAUCUUUAAAUUCAUCUGCAAAUGAUUGUUGUUCUAAUAUAUUUUUUUUAUUAUAUGUAAGACUUUUAUAUAAUUUUAAAAUACCAAAGGAUAUAUUACAUGAAAUAUGUUCCAAUUAUUUCCCAGGAAAUAAAUGUAAAAAAUAUAUAGACCUUUUAUUGAAUAGAAAAAAAUUUGGGCAUAUACAAAAUAAUCAGUCUGAUUAUAAUAAAAUAAAAAUGGUGGUUCAAAAAGCUGGUAUUAAUAAAACGCAAAAAAAUCCUCAUCAAUACGAUACACACAAUAAUAAUAAUAAUAUUAAUAUUAAUGGAAGUGUUAAUUCUUCUAAUAGUGGAGAUAAUAAUUUUAAUUGUGAAAAUUUUUGUCGGCCCAAUACAGAUAUAUUAUUCUUAUAUUUAAUAGAAAUAUUUUUAUUUCCAGAUAAAGAUUGUAGUUAUUUUGAAGUGCUUAGUACAUGUUAUCAAUUUAUAAUAAAUAUAAAACGAGGUAGAGAAAAUGUAUAUAUCAAAGACGAAAUGUUAAAAAGGAUGUAUGAAAUAUUAAAAAAUAUACUUUUAAAACAAAAUUAUGAAAAUAUUUAUUAUUUUCAAAUUAUCUUAAUAUAUACUUCAUUAUUAUUAUACAACACUCACAUGAAAUCGUUAGUAUAUGAAAUGAGGAUAAUAGCUCAAUUUUAUUUAGAUUUUAUAUUUUUUUUUAUAGAAAAUAUAAAAAAUAAUUUGAUUAUUUUGGAUAUAAUAAAAUCUUACGCUACUGAUCAGAAUGAUGUGUAUAAUAUGGAGCAAAAAAAAAAAAAUGGAAUGAGUGAUAAAGAAAAAAAAAAAGACCAAGAAGAAAAAAUUAACAAUAAUAAUAAUAAUAAUAAUAAUAAUAAUAAUAAUAAUAAUAAUAAUUGUAAUAAUUUUUAUAAUGAUGAACAGAAUAUAUUUUUUAACUUAUUAAAAUGCUAUUUUAGAAAGAUGAUAUCAUUACUGUAUUUAUAUACUGACGAAUUAAUAUUGUAUACUAUUAAACAUAAUAUAGAUUUAGAAAUAAACGAAAGAGAAUAUUUUAGAAAGAACGUAUGCACAAAUAUAAAUUCAGAUAUUAUAUAUAAAUAUAUGAAUGUUAAAGAAGUGAAUCUAAGUAAUUUAUGUAUUUAUUGGGAUUAUGCAAUUAUUUCGGUGAGUCAAGAUAAAAAUAGUUUAUAUAUAUCAAGAUGUUAUAAAAAUUUUCUAUUAAUAUUAGCUCAAAUGUUUAAAAUAUAUCAUGAAAAUGAAAUCAUUAAUAGGAUAUUUUCAAAUGAUUUUUAUAAGAUGGACAUAGAAAAGGAUAUAAACGAAUUAUCGUUCAUUAUAAAUAAUUACCACCAAAACAUAUAUAAUAAUAAUAACAAUAAUAAUAAUUAUAAUAAUAGUAGUUGUUGUUGUUGUUGUGGCAUGAAUUAUUGUGAUGGUAAUUGCAAUAAACUCAAAUCUUAUUAUAACUUUUUUAACAUUCUAAAUAAUAACGAUAUGGUGGAAAAACAACUUGGUUCAUUGUUUGAUACUUAUGUUAUUAAAAGUAAUAUAAGAGAAUGGAUAAACGAUACCUUGAAUUAUCACACGAAGGAUAUAAAAAUGAAUAAACAAGGUUAUACAGAUGAAAAAAACUCACCUUGUAAUAAUAAUUUAUUAAAUAAUCAUCUUCAUAUAAACGAAAUAAAAAAUGGAGAUUAUAUUGCAUGUACUGAAAAUUGUGACAUUUUAGAAAGUGAUGAAAAAUCUUUGUGUAGAUCACAAUUAAAUCAUUAUGAAAAAGAGAAUUUUUUUUAUAAUUUCAAUAUAUAUGACAUUAUCAAUAUUGAUAAGGAAAUAGAUUUGAAGGAAAAAAUACAUGUACACAAUUCGAAUAAUAUAAUAAAAAAUGUGGAUGUAUUCCAUCUUUUUAUUUUAUUGAAUAAAAGAGCAAAUGAAUGCUUAAAUAGGAAAAGGGUUGAAUAUUUUCAUGUGGAGAAGGUCCAUUUAAAUAUUGAAAGGUAUACAUAUAAAAACAAAUGGAAUUAUAUAAGAAAGUUAGAAAAAUUUUUAAAGCAAUAUCAACAUAUGAUUAAGGUUAUGUGUGAAAUAUUAAGUGAAUCAAAAUAUGUAGAUAGAAAUGAAAUUAAUUUAAGAAAAUGUAUAGAUCAAUGGUGGAAAAAUAGGUAUCUAUUAGAGCAGCAUUUGAAAAUCUUGAAUCUAGAUAUAUCAAAUAGUUUAGGUUGUUCUAUACAUAAAUUAAUAUCAAUUCCUUUAAUUAAUAUAAUAACAAAAUGGAACAUUAUGGAUGAUAAAUCGAUGAAAAAUUAUACAUUAGAAGAUCAUAAUAAAAAUAAUAAUGAAAAUAAUUAUUUUUGUGAUACAUUUGAAGAUGAAAAAAAAAAUAAUCUUUCCAUAUUGAAUCAAUCAAAAAAUGACGAAGAAAAUUAUGUACAUAACACCAUAUCACCUUUGAAUAAUCAAUUAUAUUACUUAAAAGCUAAUUUUGAUAUUUUUAUUUAUAUUUUUUAUUUUCAUCAAAUUUUUAGAAUCAUAAGAUGGUUAAAAAAAUGGAAUCAAUUUAUUCUUCCACUAAAAUAUUGGAGUGGAAUUGAUUAUAUAAAUGUCCUUAUAAAUCUAACCAUAUUUUCUAUAACACUAAAAAAUUGUAAUCUUGAAAUUAUCAAUGUAAAAAAAAAAUAUUUUCAAAAAAUGUGUAAUCUGAAAAAAAGGAGAGAUGAUAAAAAUAUGUCAAAGGAUUAUUUUUGUAAGGAUGAAAUAAAUAUACAAAAUGAAAAUAAAAAUGAAGCGAAUUAUUAUAAUUAUAAUUAUAACUAUAAUCAUAAUAUGAAACAGAAAAAUAGUAAUUUUUCUAAUGAUAUCAACUCUGAAAAUCAUAUCCAUCAUUAUGAUUAUAUUAUUGAUCAAAAUAAUAUUUCAUAUUAUGAAAACUUUAUUAAUGAACAUAAUAUUAACAACAAAGAUAAUAUUAUUAUUAAGAAUAACCCUAAUUCUUUAAAUAUCAACAAAACAAGCACAUCCUAUUUACCAUGUUCCAAUAAAGAUAUUGAAGAUAUUCUUAUUUUUAAAAAAAUAAUUGAAAAGAAAAAUGAAAAAGAACCAGCGGAUACAAAAAAAGGAAAAAUUAGAGGAAGACGACAUACCUACUGUGAACAAAAUAUAUAUUCCAUAGAAGAAUAUGGGGAAAAAAAUAUAUAUCUGAACCCUAACCUGAAUCCUAAUAUGAAGAACGACGUAGUAAAGAAUAAUACUAAUAAUUCAAAAUAUACAAAUAUUAAUACUGCAAUAAGUUGUAUUAAUUCAUAUAAUAUAGAAAAUUAUGACAAAUUUGAAGAAAAGAAAAAAAAAAAUAAAAAAAAUAAUUCACCUAGUAUUAUAACAAGUAAUACAAAAAUGAAUAUGAAAAAAAAAACUGAUAAUUUCAAUAAUAAUAAUGUUUAUGAAUAUUUGAACCCUUUGAAAAAUACAAACAAUUCUGAAUGCGAAAUAAAUGAAAAUUAUAAAUUAGUGAAUACCAAAAAAAAAAAUAAAAGAAAUACAAUAUCUGGUAUUUUCUUUGAUUAUGAUAUGAAACAAAGAUAUGAAGACUUACCAGAGAAAAAUUUUUUGAAAUUUUUAGAUUUAAGAAAAAAAUGUGUUAAAGGUUUAUUUAGAUGCUCAUUUAUUAAAUUAAGAAUGUAUUUAUAUCAUAUAUUAAUAGAUGUUUUUGAGAAUGCAGAUAUAGACCCAAUGAAUAUUUUUGACUUUUUUAAUAUUAUCACACAUUCUUUUAUUAAGGAUGUCUUAUUUUGUAAACUUACAAUAGAUAAAACAAAUAAAGAUAAAUAUAUAUAUACAAGAAAUAUAGAAAAUAAUAAUAUAAGGAAAAAUCCUGUUAUUUUAUAUUUACAUAGUAAUUUGAGUAGAAUAUCUUUAGAAAACUUGGAACCUUUAAAGGAUUCAUAUAUUGUAAGGGGUGUGAGUAAAAUGGUAACUACUUAUUUAUAUAAAAGGUUGAUAAAUAAGAUAAAUCAUGAUAAAAGUAUAGGUAAAAAAAAUAUUUACACUAAUAUGCAUGACGAGGAUGAUAAUAAUAAUGAUGAUGAAGAUGAUUAUAAUAAUAACGAUGAGGAUGGUAAUAAUGAUGAUGAUGAUAAUAAUAAUAAUAAUAAUGAUGAUGAUUUUAAUAAUAAUGUAGAUAUGGAAAUGAAAAAAUAUAUAAAGUAUGAAUAUAAUAAAAAAUGGGAGAUCAAUACAUCUGAAAAUGUGAGUGAUAAAAAAAAUACCUUGCGUAGAGCGACAUAUAAUACGACAACUUUGAAGGAUAUAAAUAAUAAUAAUAGUAAUAGUAUUGUUUUGAGGAAGAGCGAUAUUAUGAAGGAUGACCCAAAUAGCUAUCAUAACACUUCCAAUUUAUACUCUAAAAUGAAUUCGUUUCAUAAUAACCAAGAAAAAACAUUUGAUAAUUCAAUAUAUGUAAAAAGAAAAAAGGAAAAAGAGGAAUUUGUUAUCGUUGACGAUGAUGAUACAAAUAAUAAUAAUCUUCUAAAUAAUAAAAAAGGAUAUAAUAAUUACAAUUUAAUUGUUACAAAAGAAGAAUAUACGAACGAAAUGUAUUCAAAUAAAAGUGAUAAUACAAAAGAAAAGAAAAAUCAUAAAAGAUCAAGAAAAAGUAUGAAUAUUGAAUAUUCUUUUAUAAAUCCUUUUAUUAAUAAAAAUAAGGAACGAUCAAAAAAUAAAAGCAAUUUAACUUCAUACAAUACACAAUUUUUAAGUGAUAAAGGAGAAGAAGAAAAAAAAAAAAGAAAGGAUGAAUAUAAUAUGAGUGAAAAAGAAUAUGUAUUAGAUCGAAAUAAGAAAAAAAAAAUUAUAAAAAAUAAUAAAAGUAUUAUUUCAAGUAAUAUAUCCAUAACACGUUCUUUAUCAAAUUCAUCAGAUUCAUCUGUAGAAUUAAUACAAAAUGAAGAUGAACUUAAGAAAAUAUUUAUGAAUGUUAGAAAUUCAUUAAAUUUUCAAAAUAUAAUGUCAAUUGAUAAUAAAGAGGAAUAUAAUAAUUAUCUUUAUUCUAAAAGAAAAAAUAGUAUAAGUGAAUCUGAAGCAUAUUUUGGUGAAAAAAAGAUGAAGCGUAUGAGUUCCUUUUUAAAAACAUCAAAGAAAGAUAAAAGAAGAACAUAUUCAAAUGAAAGAGAAUAUGUAUCAAAAGCAUAUGAAGUUAAUGGUAUGAAAUAUGUGCCAUAUUAUAUUCGUAGCUCAAGAAUAAUUGAUCCUUAUAAAAGUAAAAUAUUUUUUUUAAUUAAUCCUAAUGGUGAUUUAAAAAGGACUGAAGAUGCUAUUAUUCCAUUUAUAUAUCAUAAAAAUAAAGAAAAAUAUAAAUAUAAAAAUUGGGAUGGAUAUAUUGGUAACGUACCAAAUGAAAAUGUUUUAAUAGAUCAUUUAUGUAAUGAUGAUUUAUUUUUAUAUUGUGGACAUCAAGGUGCAGAACAAUAUAUGAGAAAAGAAAACAUUAAAAAUGGAUUACCUAGUCUUGAAUUCAUUAUUGAUUAUAUUGUUGAAAAGAAAAUUAUAAAUUUGAAAAAGUAUCCUAAACUAAAGGAAAUAAUAAAUUUAUAUACUAAUAAAUAUAAUACUAAAAAAAACCAACAACUAGAAAACAGUACUAAUUCAAUACAAAAUAUAAAUCAAAGGAAGAGAAACUCUUCAACAUUUGCUUUAACAAAAAAUGAAAAGAAUACACGUACUGCUAUAAAAAAAGAUAUGAAAAGAAAAAAUAUAGGCGCCAUUAAUAAUAUAUUAGCUCAUUUGGAAAAUACAAAAUUAAAGAACAACAUAAAAAAUAAUGAUAAUAGUAGUGAUGAUAAUAAUAAUAAUAAUAAUAAUAGUGGUAAUCAUAAUAUUGAUAGUAACACUACUGAUAAUAAUUCAAAAAUAUAUAUAAGUCCACUUAGCAAAGGAUUAAAUUGCUGUACAUUUUUAAUAGGUUGUAGUUCUGGUCUUCUUUCAUCUUAUGGUUUUGAUUUAGAUGCAUGGGGUACUGUUUAUGAUUAUAUAGUAGGAGGAUCUUUAUUUGUUUUUGGAAAUUUGUGGAAUGUAACUGACGGAGAAGUAGAUGGAUUUACACAAAAUUUUUUAUGGAAAUGGACACAACCUAAUUCAUCUUCUUUAUUUCAAUCAAAAUUUAUAUAUAAUGAAAAAUUACCAUCUUUGAAUUUAAGCUUUCGUUUCUUUUUAGAAUUAUUUUUAAAAAAUAUACAAAAUAUACAAAAUAUGAAAAAUGUACAAAAUAUACAAAAUAUACAAAAUAUUGAAAAAUUAGUAAAUAACGAUAUAAAUUUAUUAAAAUUAAAUAUCGAUAUUGGUGAUCAUUUUAUUACUGUACCUAUGAAUAUAUAUAAAUUUUUAAUAAAAAAUAAAUUUUUUUAUAAAUAUUUUAGAGAUUAUUAUAAUAAGAAUAUAUUUGUAAAUAAAAACCUUUAUUAUAUUAAUCAAAAUAAGAAAUAUAUGUGGUUAACUAUAACAGAAUCAUUAACAGAAGCUAAGCAAUAUUGUCGCUUACCCUAUGGUACAGGUUCUGCAGGAGUUAUGUACGGUUUGCCAAUAUAG